UGUUCGUUUGGAAAUAAAAAUAACUCAGUGUUGGUUUCAUCGAUGUGUGGUAGGUUUGUGACGUCUGCUUCGUGACCUGAAGGUCAUCUCUAAAUCAGUAACUGGGGUGACCGCAUGCGUCUUUCACAAGAUCUGGGGCUUCCCAGGUCAGGCUUCAUGUCCGAGACAUGUCCACUGCUGAGUAAUGACGACUGAGCGCAUGUGUGUGUGUGUGCACCCGCGCACCUUCACUGAGGCUUUUAGAGGAAGUGGUCUGUGUGUGUGUGUGUAUAUAAGGAAGCAUACACUAGGCAGUACCCAGCGAGUGUUGAGACAUUCCUUGCAGUCUUUCUGAACCUGACACCACUGAAGGACCAUGCAUCUGAGACGCUCCUGCACAGGGUCCCUGGCUCCGCACAGACCCCUCGCUGUGGUUCUUGUUGGCUUCUUCUGUUGCCUGUUGACCGAGGCCUAUCCAGUGGCGGAAUCUCCACGAAUUGUGAGGCACAGCGUCACCCGGAGCGGGGAUCGAAUGGUCAUAUCCUGUAAGGCUGACCCAGGACAUCCUGACGACUUCACCCUCAUCUACUGGCUGGUCAACAGGACCUUCAUCGAGUUGGCCUACCCAGACGGCCGUAUCCAUGAAGGAGAGGAAAGAGCUGUGGAAGAGAACGGCAGAGCGCUCGUCCAGAGGGAUCUCAUCUUCGACAAGGUCCGCAAAGAGGACUACCGCGCCAAUUUCACCUGCGUGGUGAACAGCCCCGCCGGUAUCGACAAGAUCACGCUGCGGCUUGGCAGAAGGAGCGGGAAUCGCAGAAACGAUCCGAGACUGAAAGGGAAGAUGGUGAAAAGAAGAUCCCAGCAGAAGAAGAGGUGUUAAUCGAAUCUAACUUCUAAUCUUUGCUGCAUUCAUUUUUACGACCUUUAACAACAUUUUUAUUUCCAAGCAUCCUUUAUUUCAUAACGUACGGAUAAAUAUCUUCAAUAAAAAUGAAGAUAGAAAUGGUGAAGUUCACUGAAAGUAAUAUUUUAAAUUUAAAAACAAGGAGACUGUUUCUAUUCAUGUUAACCAGCAAUGUAGCACGCGCAAAUUAAUUGUUUAUGUUUAUAAAUUUGUUUUGUUAUUUAUCAUUAUUUAUUGUACCUUCUUGUUCUGUAAUAGCAGCAGUUGUAGCAGUGGUGUCCUUUGACUGAAAUACUGAGCUUGUCUCAAAAACACCAAGAAGCAUUAAAAGUAAAAAGUAAAUGUUUUGCGGGAUGACGGAGGUCACAAUUCUUCACAGAAUGAGCUGCGAGAAUAUGGUUUUACUGCUUUGUUCGAUUCCUUGUAGAUCUGUUUUUUUUUCUCUCUCUCACUCUGAUGUUCUGUUUGUUGUGACAAGGUAACGUGUCUGGCUGCAUUCAGUGUCACAAGGUCAUGCAACGACUACAGAAUAAAAGAAAAUGCAAAACUGA